GGAACAUCAACAUUGAAGAUUCAUGACUUUCGACCAGAGUAACAAUAUAUGACUUUGAUGAUGCAAUUCUAUUCAUGAAUUAAAUUAUAAUUAAUUUUUAAUUAAUUAUUUUUGGUACACGCGUAUCCCAUGCGAUCACGAAGAUCACAAAGAGUAUUUAAAAUUUCAACAGUGAUGAGUGAUGGAGGAGCAGGUUCUGUAUAAUUCCUCCACCGAUACAGAGCUAACAGGCGAGAGAGAGAGAGAGAGAGAGAGAGAGAGAGAUGAGCAAUGAUACAGAAUACCACUCAAAAGAUUUCGAGUGGGAAGAACUGAGACAUGAGAUAGAGGAAGACCCAUCUAUUAGCUAUCACUUGCUUCCUUUUCCGUCCACCUCUUCGCCUCCUCCUUCACAACCUUCCCCGGAUUCCCAGGCAUGGAACAACUUCCACAUUCGUCAUUCCACAGGCAAAUUCUUCAAAGAGAGACGGUACUUGUUGAGGGAAUUUCCAGAACUAGCUUCUUGUGAUAGAUUUUCUAAGGUUUUGGAGGUGGGAUGUGGUAAUGGCAGUACUGCUCUUCCAAUAUUACGUGCCAAAGAGAAUAUUGUCAUAUACGCCUGUGAUUGUAGCACCGAGGCUCUUGAGAGGGCUAAAGAGAUUAUAAAUGCCAAUAAUGUACUCUCAGUUAUUCAACGUUUCCAUCCAUUUUGUUGCGAUUUUUCUACAACACCAUUUCCACGGUGGUUGGCCUGCAAUUCUUGCCGAGGAACUUUUAUGCGAAGGAAGCACGGUUGCUUCUCAGAUGUCAAAGAGAAUACAGGGACAUAUUUAAAUGAGUUUUCUUCACCAAAAGAUAGUAAUUGUUGUGUCGGUGGGGUGGAUUUUGUUUCUUUGAUAUUCACACUGUCAGCCGUUCCAGUUAACAUGAUGCCAACAGCUAUUAGAGAGUGCUUCUCCGUUUUAAAGCCCGGUGGUUUGCUCCUAUUUCGGGAUUAUGGCCUUUAUGACAUGACUAUGCUUCGAUUUCAGCCAGACAAGAGAGUGGGGUUCAGGGAGUAUAUGCGCUCUGAUGGAACCCGCUCUUAUUUCUUCUGUUUGGAUACUGUUAGGGAUCUCUUUGUGGGUGCAGGCUUCAUCAAGCUUGAGCUUGAGUAUUGUUGUGUUAAGUCAGUGAAUCGCCGAAAUGGGAAAAGUAUGCGAAGGGUGUGGGUUCACGGAAAGUUCCAAAAGCCCUAAUGAAGUUGGUGACAAAAAUCUGUCUUAGAUUGGGUUUGUUAACGUGGCGUGUGCAUCUCAACUAACAUAGGCUUUGGCUUUGGUCUUGUAUUCAUGAAUCAUGGGAGAAAUCAGAGGAUUCAAACAUGGCAGCCAAGGGAAUUUUGGGGGAGGUCCUUCGCCGUUGGAUUAAUGUUUAAGCACAAAUAAGCAUUCAUUGUGCUACCCUUGAGUUAUCCUACAGUGUCGAGUGACAUCUGUUACUUGUUUAAUGCUUUAAAGUUCUCUAUGAUUUUUCGAUCCAAGAUUGAUGAAGAAUCGAUUGUUCCAAAUGCUUGGCUAUGUUGAACAUUUUCAUAUUUCUGCUUUUAGAGCUUUUCUUUUGAAAGUUUUACUUGUCGUUGGAAACAUGUUUGAAUGUUAUAAUGGAGUGAUGAUAUAUCAUUCAGUUUGUAAGCCAAAUGAUAAUUUUUGAGCAAACAUACGAUUUCUGAUUCUAAA